AUAUCCAUUUCUUCACUUCCUCAGAGUUCGCUAGUUCCACAGAAAAGGAGAACAAACCUUAUUUCUCCGAACUCUGUUUUUGGCAAUAUGGGUGGAGGAGUCAUGAGGGCGGCGGCGAAGGUCGCCGGGCUGGGAGUUGUCAACACCGGUUUGCGUGCCGGUUUUCAGGUGUCACCGUCGUCAACCGAGCACUCCGUCAUGCGCGUCGCCUCUCGUCCGGUUUCUUCUGCGAUGGCUGUUUCUAGGGGCGGGGUUUCCUCCGUUGCUGACGCGGCUGCGUCGGUCAAUCGGAAGGUGUGUUGGGAGACGUUUGAUGACUGGGAAUUUGCUGGUGAUGUUGAAGAGGAGGUGGCUAUGGUAGGGUCCACCGCCUCCGGCAGUGGAGAGCCGAUGGCUCGGGUGUUGUUUGGUGGCGUUCCGAGCCAUGAGGAGGCUAAGGAAGCCACUGCUGAUUUGAAAGAUGCGUUGGAUAAGGUUUUUCUGUCAUCUCCAAAUUCUGCUGACACUGCUUGUAAUGUCAAAGCCACUUCAGUGCCAAAACCUGCUAUUCAGGCAUUCAAAUUGCUCAAUGAGAGUCCUCAAGUUCAGUCUGUUGUUGCUUCACUUGCUGCUGAUCCGAAUAUAUGGAAUGCUGUCUUGAACAAUUCGGCUUACAUGGAAUUUGUCCAGUCCCAGAAGACCAAUGAUGAACUUGAAGAUCGUGGAUCCCCUCAAAGCUCUGAAUCUUCAGUGAAGUUAGAAGAAUAUGUUGAUGCAGGUCAUCCCAAAGACAGUGGAAAUCAAUUUUCAAAUUUUCUACUGAACGUCAAGACUACCGUGGUUGAGUUGGUGAAUAAAGUGACUGAUUUCCUUCAGAGCCUCUUUACUUUGCCCUCUGCUGAAAAUGCCAAAGGAAAUGCUGGAUCAACCUUCAGUAGUUUUGAUAAGACAAUUGGAGCUAGCUUGAUGGGAUUGGCAGUGAUGGUUAUUAUGGUUGUGCUUGUGAAACGAGCCAAGAGUGAAACUUCAUAGCAGUCUUAUGUGAAUUUGCCGAUCUUACAAUCCCAAAAUUCUCCAUUUUCAUUUGGAUGCUUUAUGGAUGAUAAUGGUGAUGAAAAAUACUAGCUUAUCUAGUUAAGUACAUUUAUCAAUAGGUGGUUAAGGGUUGGAUGUCUUGUACAGCUUUACUUGGUAUUAAGCCGUGGAAUGAGUUCUCAUUUCUACUGUUA